CCUCAGUUUCCUUAGAAGAACAAUUAACACAUAACAUACAGUGCAUGCGUAUACGCAUAUGGCCUUUCAAUAUGGAAUGCUUAUGCGCCUUUCAAUAAUGUUGCUGGCAGUACUUGUACCAGCAGCUACAAGUGUUGUAGCAACAACAAGAGCAAGCGCAAGACAAGGAGGAGAAGAAAAUGAAACAGCUAUGGCCAUGCUUGGCUGCAAACCCAAAUGUGGUAAUGUCACAAUUCCAUACCCAUUUGGCAUUGGUGAAAGCCAUUGUUUCUUCGGACCACGAUUCCAAAUCACCUGCAAUGAUGGGUCCACAGAACCCCGAUUGAUGGAAUCCCGUAUGAUUGUCACCAACAUAUACCUUGAAGAAGGUGAGCUGCAAACAGAGCAGUUAGUAAAUCGAGUUUGUUUUGACCGCCAAGGCUACCCAAACGACACCGAAGACCAAAGCAACGGCGGGCUCAGUGUGAUUCCUCCUUACACCAUCUCUGGUGCCAAAAACAUGUUGGUUGCGGUUGGUUGUGACACGUACGUGCGCUUUGUUGGUAGCCGGGAUGAUCAAAACUACACAACCGGCUGCCUCUCCCAAUGUCAAUAUAAUAUUAGUAGCAACGCCAUUGAUAAGAACGACUCUUGCUCUGGCAUGGGGUGUUGCGAAACGAAGAUCCCCCCUUUACUGCACAACCUGUCUCUGACGGUGUCAAGCUUUAGACAACAUGAGCCUGUAUGGGACUUUAACCCCUGCGGCUACGCCUUCGUUGUGCGAAAGGGCAACUUCACAUUCAGCAAUACAAGUUUUCAACAACUCCGCAAUACAACCCGGCUUCCCCUGGUUCUUGAUUGGAAAAUUGGGGACGAGUCGUGUGAAAAUGCAAAGAAAAACAACAAGACUUAUGCAUGCAAGGGAAAUAGCACCUGCCUUGACAAGACUUCAGGUUACAUUUGCAAGUGCUUGGCAGGCUUCCAAGGGAACCCAUACUUCAAAGAUAGUUGCCAAGAUAUUAAUGAGUGCGAUGAUUUGAACUCCUGUACGAAUGGACAGUGCAUAAAUAUACCUGGAAAUUACACUUGUUCCUGUUAUAGUGGCUACCAUAACCUGGACAAUAUUACGUGCAUCAAAGUUCCCAAUGCAAAACGCUGGAAAAUUUCGCUCGGUGUGUCAUUGAGCUUCUCUGUUUUAGUGGUUGCAAUUCUUUGGAAAUAUAGGAAAAGUAGGAAAAAAAGAGAAGAGAAUCUCAGACGAAGAUACUUUAAAGAGAAUGGUGGCGAACUUUUGAAGGAAAAACUGGGGAACAAAGCCAGAAUCUUUACUGAAUCAGAAAUUCGGGAGGCCACAAACAAUUAUGCUGAAAGAAACGAACUUGGUAGGGGAAGGUAUGGAAUUGUUUACAGCGGAGUACUAGAUAAACAAGAGGUUGCCAUAAAGAGGCCAAAAAUUGAUGAGCAAAAACAAAUUACCCCCCCAAUUGAUGAGCAAAAACAAAUUACCCCCCCAAUUGAUGACCAAGAACAAAUUACCCACAAGAAUCAAUUUGCUGACGAGAUGACUGUUCUUUAUCAAAUCAACCAUAAUAAUGUUGUGAGAUUCGUAGGUUGUUGUUUAACGACCAAAACACCAAUUUUGGUUUAUGAGUUCAUCAGCAAAGGCAGUCUUUAUAAGAGUAUUCAUGUAAAAGAAGGCGAAAAACCACUACUUUCAUUGGAAAAGCGGUUGAAGAUAGCAGCCGGGACGGCAGGAGCCCUAGCAUACUUUCAUCACGACACUUUCAUGCCAAUCAUACACGGUGAUGUGAAAACUGCUAAUAUACUAUUAGAUGAGAAUUUCACGGCAAAAGUGUCUGACUUCGGAGCAUCAAGACUGGCUCCUAAAGAUGAGAAUCAAAAAUCAACUUUAGUCCAGGGAACGGUCGGAUACGUAGACCCUGAAUACCUUCAGUCAAACACCCUAACAGAAAAGAGCGACGUCUAUAGCUUUGGAGUUGUGCUAGCGGAGCUGUUAACAAGCCGAAAGGCAGAGGAAGACCUAGCAGAUGACUUUGUUGCCUCGGUGGAAGGGGGUAAGUUGCGUCAAAUUCUUGAUGAAAAAAUAGUGGAGGGACUUGAUGAAGAAAUAGUCACAAAAGCUGCUGAUCUGGCAAAAAAAUGCUUGAAGCCAAGAGGGGAGGAAAGGCCUUCCACGAGCGAAGUAGCCGCAGAGCUAAAAUUAUUAGUGCUGACCAUGCCACAACAUCCAAGUGGAGGAGGAGAGGCCAAUAAUUAGUUGACUUGUUUGUUGUUCCAUGUCAUCACCAUAUUAUCUAUAUAUGGUAUUAUUAGCUAUUGUAAAUUUGUUGUGUGCUUUACUUGUUAUUUAUAUAUAUAUAUAUUUUUUUUUUUUUUUGCUUUCGUAUGUGACUAGAUUUGCAUCCUGUUCAAAGUUGGUUUUCUAUAUUUAAGGAUGUUAUGAAUUCAAGA